AUGAUCUACGGAGGAAAACCUUUAAUACCCGUCGCCCCAGAUAAAAAGUGCAACACUCAAAAAAUGGUAAUCCGCGGACCUGGUGCGUAUUCGUAUGGAUUAAUAGCUAAACAACCUGGAAGCGACUACAAAAUUCGAAUUCGUGACAAGGAGCGAAUACGUCUUCAAAAUCAUAAAAUGCAAAUUGAAAAUUUACUUCAAGGUAUACAUAAUCAUGAUCUUAGUAUAGAAAUGAUUAACGUAGCAGAUAAGAAGCAUUUAUAUAACCGAAUAAAAGGAAUGGUUGAUGAGGAAAUGAAAACUAACGAACAUUUAUUUGUAGAAGAACGUCCGAAUCAAAAAUUAGUAGAAGAAGAUGAGGAAAAACCGAAACUUCUUAGAAUGUCAAAGGAGGAAAUACAAGCGAUAUUGGACGAGUCAAAAAUAAAAAAAGAUGAAGAAGAACGUAAAACAGCGGAAGAAAAACGUUUACAACAUUUCAUAGAAAAUUCUAGUGAAUUGAGAAUUGCAGCUAUUACUAAGCGCCAAAAAGAAAUAUCUGAUAUGAAUUAUAAAAUAAUUCAGGAAAAAGAAAUGAUGGAAAAAGAACAAAAACUUAAGAAAUUGGAACAGUUAAAAAAUGCCGAACGCAAAGAUUUAAUAAAAUUAACGGAAAAAUUAAACAAAGAGAAAGAAUUUGAAAUAUUGGAACGUAUAAAACAUCAGAAACAAAAUGAAAAAGAAAUUGCACAAUUCUUAGAAGAAAGAGCUAAAUUAUUUUCAAAAUCUGACAAAUGUGGAUCAAUUUUAAAUGAUACGUUCGUAACCACAACCAGAGAGCAUAUAGCUAGGGAAAAAUUAAAAGCCUGCAAAGCAAAGAUGCAAUUGAGGCACGACAACGAGUGGCUCAUGAAGCGCGAUGCAAUGAUUAAAGAAGAACGCAGAAAGCAAAAUGAAGAAAUGUCGAACAUUUUGAUGAAACAAAUAAAAGAUAUUGAAGAUUUGAAAGUAUCCGUUGAACGCGAAAAAGACGAAUUGCGGCGGAAACGCGUAGAGGAAGACAACAGAAUAUUAAUGGAACAGUUAAAAUUUAACGAGGAGAUGGUUAAACAUCAAAACGAUAUGAAGCGCAAAGCAUUAGAAGAGUCAAUGAAGGAUCAUGAAAACUAUUUAAAAGAAGAAAAGGAACUGUGCCAAAGUAUUAAACAAAGAAAAUGGAAUUUCAAAACAGAAUUAAGCAAUCAAAUAAAUUCCAACAAAGAUAUACUUGAAAAACAAAAAAUGACUGAAUUGGAAAAUCAUCGAAAACAUAUGAAAGAAUUAGCUGAACAAGAAGAACUACUUCAAAAAUUAUUAAAACAAAUUUAAUCUCACAAAUAGCAUAUGCUAAUAGUAAUGGUG